AUGAAGGUCAAAAUGUGUAUGGUCAUCUUGGCUCUGGCUGCUAUCACUAGUGCCUGGGGAGAGCCAGGGAAGUCAACAGAAGUGGUUUUUCAGAGAAUGCCAAUCUGUGAACACAUGGGUGAAAUCCCAAUUUGCCCCAAAAUUCACCAACCUGUCUGUGGAACCAAUGGGAAUACCUAUGGCAAUGAGUGUCAACUGUGCAUUGCAAGAAUAAAAACUAAACAGGAUAUCCAAAUUACAAAGGAUGGACAGUGCUAA